UAAAGCAGCAAAUGAGCUCGGAUUAUAAGGCUUGGAAGUCUAGUGUCCAUAAUUAUAACAAGUGUAAGAUCCCUCCAAAUUCACCCUCUACAUAUUCACGCUUCUCUAGCAUAUUCACGCCUGAUGACAACCUUUGAAACCACGGUUCUCCGAAUCCCAAAAUUAGAGAGUGAGCCCACAUGCCUGAAGGUGAUGAAGUCACUAUCUGGUCUGGAACCCUGCCUUCGGAGUCAAGUAUAUCUGCUCAAGAACAGUUAUCAAGCAAGCCAACACUCCAACAACUCAACACACAAAGCAGAGACUCAAGCUUUAGUCACCAAGACAUGGGAUUCCGAGUUGCCCAAUCUCCAGUUUGCAAACGCUACCACACAAGGACGAUGAGUGACAAUACCGAUCGCUUGGACAAAGCCAAGAGCUUUUUCAGUGCACAGUUCAGAGACGAUCCAAUUGUUUCUCACUACAAACAAAAGCUCAGUCAUAUGCAAAGCCGCAACACAGACUUAAAGGACUACAUCGUCAGGUUGGAAAAGAAGCUGGAUGCAAAAGACUCCAAAAUAGCUGACCUGCAAACCAAGAUUGUAAAGGCUAAUGCUCAGAACAAGCAACUGGCAUCAAAUUAUAGCAAAGUAAUACUCGAGAACCAACGCCUCAGAAACUCAGUGAAGUCUGUCAUUGCUGCUCUAGAUGAAUCUGUUGAGAGCCCUAUGAGCUGUUUGAGCAAAGAGCUGCCAAGAAUGCAUAGAUCCGAGCCGAGGAAUGAUCAGAAGCAUCAACCUCAGCUUCACAAACUUCAGUCAUUAAUGGGUGAAAAUUGAAGAUCGAACAAAGCUACAUUUUAAAGAUGUAAAAAUUCAGUUGAUUGUUAA